AUGGCCGCGUGUAGGGACCGCGCCCGCCUCCCGGGCGCCGGGGAGAAGGGCGCCUCCAACGGGGAGGUCGGCCCGCCGGACGCCGGCGACGGGACCCUCCUCCCCGCGCCGGGCUCCCCCUCCCAGGCCGCCCGCGCGCGGGGCUGCCUGCGCGCCAACCUGCUGGUGCUGCUGACCGUGGCCGGGGUGCUGGCCGGCGUGGCGGUGGGGCUCGGCGUGCGGCAGGUGCCGGGCGGGCUGAGCCGCGCCGGGGUCCUCGCCUUCUCCUUCCCCGGCGAGCUGCUGCUGCGCCUGCUGAAGAUGAUCAUCCUGCCGCUGGUGGUCUGCAGCCUGGUCUCCGGCGCCGCCAGCCUGGACCCCGCCGCCCUGGGCCGCCUGGGGGGCUGGGCCAUGCUCUUCUUCCUGCUCACCACGCUGCUGGCCUCGGCCCUCGGGGUCAGCCUGGCCUUCAUCAUCCGGCCCGGGCAGGGGGCCGCGCCGCCCAGCCUAGGGGGCGACGGGGACGGCGCCGUGCCCGAGGCCAAGGAGGUGGCGGACUCCUUCCUGGAUCUCAUCAGGAACAUCUUCCCUUCCAACCUGGUGUCGGCGGCGUUCCGCUCGUAUGCUACCCACUACAAGCUAGUGGUGAUCAGGAAGAAUGUCACCGAUGACCUGGGAGUCUUCAAUGAAACCAUCACAGAGGAGAAGGUUCCCCUGGGAGAUGAGGUGGAAGGGAUGAACAUCCUGGGUUUGGUGGUUUUUGCCAUCGUCUUUGGGAUCGCUCUGCGGAAGCUUGGGCCCGAGGGGGAGAACCUCAUAAAGUUCUUCAACUCCUUCAAUGAAGCCACCAUGGUGCUGGUCGCCUGGAUCAUGUGGUACGCUCCCCUUGGUAUCAUGUUCCUGGUGGCUGGCAAGAUUGUGGAGAUGGAGGACGUGGUGGUCCUCUUCACCAGCCUGGGCAAGUACAUCUGCUGCUGUGUCUUAGGGCACUUCAUCCACGGCUUCAUCCUCCUCCCAGUUAUCUACUUCAUCUUCACACGCAAGAACCCCUACAGGUUCCUCUGGGGCAUCUUCACAGCGCUGGCCACUGCCUUCGGCACCUCCUCCAGCUCUGCCACGCUGCCGCUGAUGAUGAAGUGCGUUGAGGAAAACAACGGCGUCUCCAAGCACAUCAGCCGCUUCAUCCUGCCCAUCGGGGCCACGGUCAACAUGGACGGGGCUGCCCUCUUCCAGUGCGUGGCGGCCGUCUUCAUCGCCCAGCUGAACAACAUCCCGCUCAACUUCAUCCAGGUCAUCACCAUCCUUGUCACAGCUACAGCCUCCAGCGUGGGGGCAGCGGGGAUCCCUGCCGGUGGCGUCCUCACCCUCGCCAUCAUCCUGGAAGCCGUUGGGCUGCCGACAAACGACAUCUCCCUCAUCCUGGCUGUGGACUGGCUUGUGGACCGCACCUGCACCGUCCUCAACGUGGAAGGAGACGCCUUUGGAGCCGGCCUCCUGCAGGUGUACACAGAGAGGACAAUGGGGAAGGCUGAAGCCGAGGAGCUGAUGGAGAUCAAGACUGAGGACUUGGGCCCCAGCAAGGUUCCGGGCGAGGAGGAAGGCUCCCCACUGAUCAAGAGAGACGGGCCCGUCGCGCUGGCUGCCGUUGGCUCCUGCGAGAAGGAGUCUGUGAUGUAAUCAGUGCCUGGAGCGUGGUCCUGGUCGGAGACUUUUCCUUUUUUAUGGUUCCUUUUUAAAGAUGUGUCAAUCAGGGCAGAAACGGCCACUUCUGGUUUUCUUAAACCUUGAACCUCCUGGGCCGAGGCAAUCUCUGUGAGGGGGCUGAUUAGCUCGAGACAAUUCUGACAGCUCUCUAGAGUGACCCCCUGACACCCACCAAUCUGACUCGUGUUGAGGGAGCUGGAAUCUAGGCUGGGCUCCCAGCCCCACCUCUUAUUCCUUUUCUAUGUCAAUCCCAUUCUCCUGACGCUGGCUGCAGCCUGUGCUGGCUCAGGGGCCUCUUGAAUCACUCCUUGCCUCUGACCUUCUGAGGUCUUCCCUCCCACCCCUGCCCUCUUCCUGUUAAUUUUCUGGACCAAGCAAGCACCAGAACUGACCUCCUUGUGCUUUAAAUGUGCUUAAGCAUCUGGCGUUUCUUGAACGACCGGUAACGCCACUUUCCGUUGUGCGCUCAGCUGCUCGAGUGGAGGCCGGCUGGCUCGCGGGCCCCUCCUGACCUCUGACCUCUCCUUGCCUGAAAGACUUGAUACUCUAGCUCCGCCAGAGCUCCGGCUGGGGGUCCCUGGAAGAGAUCCCCCCGCAUUCUCUCCAUGUGGCUACAACUCGGUUGUGAAACAGCUUGUGCCUUUGUCUGUGUGGCUGUGGUCCAGUCCUGUCUGUCACGCCGGUCCCGGAGGAGCCGGUGCUGACGUUGGUGUGGAGUCAUGUGUCUGUGUCCCACGGUCUCUUGGUGUCCCGAGAAACUGGUUGCUCCAGCCAGGCUGACGUAAUUUAUUUUGCUAUUUAAACGAUACAAGUGAGUUGGUCUCUCCAGACUAGAGGGGAGGGAGCCCUUAGACAGCACCAGUGGACUGGAGGCUGCACGUGGCAUCUACCAUGAAAAGGGGAUGGGACAGAUCCUGGACUGAUGGGGAAGCCUGUACGUCAACACUCCAGCUAGGCAUUGCCUUAAUUAUUUGACUCCAAGCCCUGCUUCUUGGGCUGGACACCCCAGCCAAGGGUUACAGCUCAGUGCUGAUGUGUCAACCCUCUGGCUCUUCAGCAUAACCUCGGACAGGCUGCGGUUCCUCUGGCCUCAUUCACUCCUUAGCCUUGUAGACCCAAAUCCUGCAGGGCUGUUCCGAGGCCAGCUGGAACCUGCUGCUCUCGCCUGUGCCACGACCAGCCGUGGGGGGCUCUGAUCUGGGGCUGUUCUUGGGGGCGAAUGGCUUGUUCUGUUCCGUUCCCCAGCAAGCCGUUCUGGGAGCUGUCAGGCCCUGGUAGCGCUUAAGUAUUGACCUCAGCCACAGCCACAGUCCGGUGAGUUGGUCCGUUUGAAUCUCUGCUGUAUUUUCCCCAGAGACUUUGGGGUGAGGAAUCACGAGAGGGGGAUGGGUUUGCUCUUGGCAUCACGGUCCGACCCCGUUUUAAACAGAUGGGGGGCAGGCUGGGAGAAGAUACCAGGCCCCUCGGUAGAUCUGACAGGGGAGGGUGUUUGCAAUACUGGCCGGAUCUUGGAUGUGAUUGCCCGCUCUGCCGGCUCCAUGUGCUGUUACUGACCCAGUGUCUCUGGCUGAUUCCCCGCUAGGCCAGGGGAUGAGCGUUUCUGUUACUCAAGCUGGUUCUUUAACGCUGGUUUUACUUGGGCUUUUGGAGGCCCUUCGUUUGCCCUCUCAGGACUCAGGCUGAGUUGAGGGUUCAGUGGGGGGUGUUGGGAGAACCGAGCCGCUCGCUGGUGAGAACAAGCCCCGGCUGAUCCCCGUGUGAACUCCCUUUGCUGGGGCGGGAAUAUUUUUAAUGCUGCUCUCGCUGCUGGGGACAUUGGCACGAAACAGGCGCUUCAGGGCAUUAAGUGGCUUUGUGCCAAGUGUUCCUCUGGCAGCCGUCUCCAUGGCAACCAACCAGUGGCAGGCAGGAUCAUUACUCCAGGUGAGGGAAGAAACCGGAGCUGCGGGUGAGCCGGCUCUAGAGGCACAAGCGGUACUGCCGGUAGCGCGGCUGUCUUUGGGCUGUAGCAUGGGCCUCUUGACCUCUGCCCUAGCUUCACGGUGACCUUCAGCCAGUCUCCUUCCCUCAGGGGAGGCAGAUAACCUGGGUUUUAGCCCAGCCACCUACAACACCCUCUGGCCCAGUUUGCUCUAAGGUUGGGCCAGCUAGCACAGCUGGAGGUAUCUGUUGCUAGUCCUCCAAGGCCUGCCCAUAAUUUCCCCCCGAAGGAUAGACCCAUUCUGCCGUUGCCUUGGAAAUAAUUCUAGGGCAUCCCAGCUCCAAGAACCAGCGGCUAUGCCCCCAGAUCCAGGGUCGGAUCCAGCCCGCAGUAACACAGGUAGGGCUUUGCAGGGGCAUGCUCCCACCUGGGCUGGCCUGCGCCAGCUGCCUCUCACCAGCGUGACCUGGGCAGAGACUCCAGCCCCUUUGUUCCAGAAGGGGGUGAGAAAAGGCCCAAUAUGGGGGAUAACUGAAUCCUGGGGGUGGUGAUUUGAGGGGCAUCCCCCACUGGGGUCUGAGCCUUGCUUAGGCCCCAUAGCUGCUACGGUGAUAUAGCACUCCUCAGGCUUGGGUCCCGCCCCGGUCAGUACUGACCCUGGAUUUCAGUGGAUCUUUGCCAUCCCAGUCCCGGGGAGAUGGAAGCACAAUUUGAAGCAAGAGUAACGGUAGUGGCAGCUCCGUGAUUCUCAGGCAGACUCUGCUGGGGGGACUGCAGGUCUCCUCAUCACCUGUUGGGCUUGAAAGUUAUCCCUGGAGACAAGAAUUUCCAUCUCCAGAAGGUACCUGCGUGUAGGAGCAGCGGAGUGUGGCUUACACUGGCCACAGAUCAGUGCCUGUGGGUGCAGGAAGGUUGGGUACAGGUCUAUCUGAAUCUGCUUCAGCCUUUUGGAAGCAUGAACAAAUCCCUAGACCGGUCCUUGGGCUGAGAUCUCCCCACUGUCCCUGAGACGGAUGGGGACGGGGAUGCAGGUGCACGUCCAAAGUACACAAUGCCAAAGGAAUUGCUGGUAGGAGCCCUGCAGGGGCAGUGCUGCUCUCAAGGGCGCUCGGCGCGGGUGGUGGCAGUGUCUGUCCUCAAUGCUGCAAUGACUGUAACUCUAAAAUGUGUCUAUAGUCUUGACUGUGUAAACAAUAAAACAAGACUGUCCACGGGUGUGUUUGUGCUUUGUACGCUGUGACCCUCCUAGCGUGGCCUCAGAACAGGCAGGCUCUGCUGCUGUGGCUGGUCUGCGGGGCCCCAAUAGGGCCUGUGCCAGGGCCCCCUUACUUUAGGCUGGCAGCGGAGGUGAGGGGGAGCAGUGAGCUAACCCUCAGAUGAUGGGCAUCAUAGGCAGUAUGUGGGGGAGGGGAGGUCAAUAAAGACAGAGUAAAGAACCAGGUCCUAGCACGCGGAAAAAGCAGGGAACGCUGGUUCAUGCAGUCCCUGGGCUAUUGGAUAUGGGACCAGCUGCCGAUUGUGCCACGGCUGGGCUUCACUUCCCAUCUGCGCUGAGUCAGGUUGGCCCAGCCAUAUGGUUCCCGCCUGCUUUCCUGCCCGAGGCUGCCUCCCCUGGAGCCAGCCCCUGAGCCUUCCCUCUCCCCCAUCCUAGGGAAAUCCAAUGCUGCACAAUCACCCAGUGCGAGCAAGUCUCCGAAAGCCGGCACCCGCCUUGGCUUGCAGCCU